GGAAAUCUGGCCCAAUCUGGCAACACUGGCCAGCGCGCAUGAGCCGCUCAUAAGGGCGCAUGACGUCAGCGGGAGUACACAGUAGACCUAAACCGAAAAAGCUGCCAUGGUUCUCAUCAAGGAAUACCGUGUGGUUUUACCUUGUAGUGUUGAAGAGUAUCAGGUGGGCCAGCUGUUCUCGGUUGCCGAGGCCAGUAAAAAUGAGACGGGAGGCGGCGAAGGCAUUCAAGUGUUGAAGAACGAGCCCUACGAGAAGGACGAGGAGAAGGGACAGUUCACCCACAAGGUCUACCAUCUAGCAAGCAAAGUCCCCAAAUACCUGCAGAUGCUUGCCCCUGAGGGCUCCCUGGUCUUUCACGAGACCGCCUGGAAUGCCUAUCCCUACUGCCGAACUAUUGUGACGAACGAGUACAUGAAAGACGACUUCUACAUCAAGAUCGAGACGUGGCACAAACCAGACACUGGAUUGCUAGAAAACGUGCACAAACUGGAUGAAGCCACGUGGAAGACCGUGGACGUGGUGCCCAUUGACAUCGCAGACAACAGUCAAGUGGAUUCCAGUGACUACAAGGCGGAUGAGGAUCCCGCCAUGUUCCAGUCAGUCAAGACUGCCAGAGGACCCCUCGGACCCAACUGGCAGAAUGAGCCGGACAAUAAGAAUGACUGCCCAAAGAUGUGUGCCUACAAACUGGUCACAGUCAAGUUCAAGUGGUGGGGCAUGCAGACCAAGAUGGAGAAUUUCAUUCACAAGCAAGAGAAGAGGAUCUUUACAAACUUCCACCGCCAGCUCUUCUGCUGGAUCGACAAGUGGGUGGAGCUGACCAUGGAGGACAUCCGGCGGAUGGAGGCGGAGACGCAGAAGGAGCUGGAGGAGCUCCGCAAACAGGGGGAUGUUCGAGGAACCUGCGCGGCCGCCGAGUGAACGGACCCCACGGAUUUUUAUUAACGGACGACCAUAAGGCCAACAGUGAUGAAGACUGCGAAGAGGUUCUCCCCCCCACCCCCCCCCCCCCCCAGGGGGACCCCUUCACCUUGACUGAUUCAGGCUGCCGAGGAGGUGGGGGGGGGUGUCUGGGGAGCAGGUCCCCGCCUUGCACCCAAUCAUAGACAUUUCUAUCCACUGGGGAAUUGAUUUCUAGAAAAAAGUGACACGAUCUUAGCUGAUAAGGCGCCGGUUAAUUUUUGAUCUUUUGGACCGAGGAGGGUCUGCCCUCGGGCGCCUCGUCGUUGGCGAGGCCUCGGCGGCGGCGUCGGCGGGGAGAGAGGUGAAGAGUGGGCACCUCCUCGGCGUUUCACUCUGCUUUGAUUCCACAGCGGCAGGUGUUCGCCCCACCUGUCUGUUCUGCUCAGGGGAAUCACUUUCUCUGUCGUCGGUUGCACCCCAUUUGUCCCACCCUCCUCCUCCUCCUCCUCCUCCUCACCCCGAGUUUGUGGCCACUUUUUGUCUCCAAAACAUUCCUCAUAAGACAGACGCCUUCCUGCCAUCCCAUCCAUCGUUGUCACCUCACCCGUGUUAGAGCUGCUCUGUAGCACAGUGAUCUGUAUUUCCAAGCAUCGGUCUGACUGCUCCAUCCUAAUCAUGUAUUUUCCUGCCUUGGCCUUCGUUAAGAGAUUACUAAUGCCUGUUAACCUACCAGUCCAACCCGGUUUCCCAAAGCUUUGCAUUUCAUUUACACUGACAAUCGUGUCCGCACAGGUAUUCGCGUUCUCUCCCGAGCAAAAAAAGAUCCAACAUGACACACAGGAACACACGCUAGACACACGCAUAGACACAAGCACAAGCGCAAGUGAAUUCAUGCACGGCCACAAGGAUGACUGAUCCUUCCUAAAAGCUCACUCUGGGCAGAUCUCUGCAGGCUUGUUCAGCUGACGGAUGGAUCGUCUCAAAAGUGCUCGCAGCUCUCUCCAUGAUUGGCCCCUCACCGCAAAACAAACACACAGAGUCUCCGCACAUACUCGCAGAUAUACCUAAAACAACCCCCCCUCCCCCCCCUCUCUUUCCUCGCGGAUCUCCCUGGGGGCAAACGAGCAUCCAGAAAAACAGCCACAGAUGGUGCUACGCCCAGCCACUUUUUUUCUUUUUUGUUGUCGCCACCAGCCAGCACCCUCCUCUGCUCGGCACUCCUCUCCCAGUGCACCCUUGAGGCCUGCCUUACUACACUGGUUCUCCGGGGUGCCACUGAGGGCAGGAGCCCGCGAGGAAAACAACCCCACUUCCUCACGGCCACUCGUGUGUGUGUGUGUGUGUGUGCGUCUCUAAUGCUCGGUCUGUUUACAACACUGCAGCAGCCCCACUCCCCUACAGCAGUCUACAUCACCAGCAGCACAACACAUUCCUGCCUUCCUUACCCCUCUAUGACCCCCCCCACCUCCCGUACCCUGCAGCAUUACCUCCAUGGCCCCUGCUACCUCUUCUCCCUCUCUCCCCGGUCGGGGCGCUACAGCCCGCUAACGGUUAGCACACGUGGGUGUGACGUUCAUAGACGAGAGAGAGAGAGCCGUCGAAUAGGAAUGAAAGUGAUUGUGUGUAGGAUUUUGUUGUCGAGGGGCGGGGAAGAUCAUUGUCGCCUUGUGUGUCGAGUUCUGUUUGCUAAUCUUGUUAAUGUCGUCUUUUAAUUGCUGAUUGUGUGUGUGUGUGUGUGUGUGUGUGUGGGGGGGGGGGGGGGGGGGGGUGUGACUGGGGCCAGCCAUGAAGUGAGUUGGUUGCUCUUACUGUGUAGGGCUGUAGGUUUGAGUACUGCAUCUAUACCCCGGCGUUCAACCGCAUGCAUUCAAGCUUGCAUCUCAUAAACGGGCUUGCCAUGUCGGCUCAUUAUCCCAGGUGUUCCUCUUCAUGAAAUCUAAAAGGUUCAUUUUGCUGCUGUUUUUUUUUUUUCUUUUUUUAAAUCACUUCCUCUGUACUCCAUGACUCGGAUUGCAUGCCUCAAAGGAAAGCGACGGCUCUCGGAGGAUGGUCGUGCAUUUCACCUCAGUGCUGGGUAUCCACAUGUAGUCCGAGGGGGGGGGGGGGUAGGUGCCGUUGUCGUACUGCAUGUCUGUUUGUGUUUUGGGCAAGAUGGCAAUACGCUGGGAUGAGGUAUGGAAGGUGGUCUUGAUUAAGCCUGUAAAGAAAUGCAUGGGAGAGCAAACACGAACCCAUCAAUCCUCAACUGUAUGGAGAUAUCAUGUAGUCUCAAAGACCGUCGCCUUGUGAACGAUUUUAGUCCGGAGUGUGCUCUAAGUCUCUUUAGCAAACCCUCAACGCCUGCUGUCUGUGGAAUCCAAACCCGCCAGAAAACCACCGCCAGAACAAUGGUUCCACUAUCUGUCUCAAGGCAGUGAUUUUAGGGAGGGAGUCUUCGUAUCGAAAGGACAAAAAAGCUAGUUUGAUCAUGAGUUAAUCUUAAAACUUAAAUUUAUAUCAAAAAGAAAUCUUGCUUUUAAAAAUAUUUCUGAUCAUUUUUUUUGAAUAUUCAGGGGACAUAGUAGUGAAUGUACAAUAUGUUGUGCCUUUUUUUCUUUUUUCUUUUUAUUUUGUAGAUUCUUUUGUGCCAUAAAAGUCUACACAUUGUAUCUUAAUAUCAAAUAAAUUUCACCUCAAAACCCUUUCAAGAUCAUGCCUCAUCUGCCACAUGCAUACUUUUGCGUAUUGAAGUUUUCCGAAAAGGAAAAAAUUAACUGGCCUUUAAAUCCCCAUUUUUCCUUCAGACUAAUAAAUGUGCUCAUGUUCUGGCCCUG